AUGCAUUGUGAAGGCUGUGCAAAUGAUAUUAAGAAAUACUUGGAGAAAAUGAAAGGUGUUUUAAGUGUUGAAGCAAAUAUGGAGAGCUCAAGGGUGACAGUGAGGGGAGUGGUUGAUCCACCAAAGCUGAUAGAAUACAUCAAAAAACAAUUAGGGAAGCAUGCUGAGAUUGUGAAGCAAGAACAAGGACAAAAACAGGGCAACAACAAUAAGAAAGACCCAGAAAGGGAAAAUAUAUUUCAAUAUCCUCCUCAAUACUCAUCUCAGCAUAUUUACCCCAACCAGACAUUUAGCGACGAAAAUCCUUUUGCCUGUACCAUAACGUAA